UUGGUAAAAGGACACGUAUACAUAGUGUGUUGUAAAUCCAGGCUCGUCGGCCUUUACUUUAAUAUGAGGGUAUGUGCUCUCUGUAUAGACCUAUACUGAUAAAUUUCACAAUUUUACUGGCAUUUUACUGCUCAGGCUUGCAUGCAUAUUCAAAGGGAACAUCAAUAGGCCGCUCCGGCCCAGCUGGUAUCAGGAUACGCUUUCGACACAAAAUUGUAUUCACAAAACAUUGCAAAAUAUCGGAUAAAGAUAAAGUCUAGCUACCAAGAAAGGGAUGACAGACUUGAGGGGAGAUUCACAGGGAUUUCAACAGUUUUGAUCUGACUUUCGUUUGAUAUUUACUUUACUGUGGAAUCAAUUCAUCAUGCAGAAGAUAUUAUGGAUACUCGUCGUAAUCGCCCUCGCUUUCAUAACUUUAGUACUAGCAGAUAACGACAACGAAGACGACAUCGACAUGACCGAAAUGUGUCCAGUCAAAGAGUUCGAGGACGAGAAGGAGGUAGAAGAAACUUGUAAAGCUCCGGGUCAUCCAUGUGAUUCGAACCCUUGCCAAAAUGGUGGUACUUGUUAUGAAAAGUUUGGUGCGUUAACCUAUUACAGAUGUUACUGUACUCAAAGCUGGAUUGGAAGACAUUGUGAGAAUGUUUCGACGAAACCCAAGCCAGAAAGACAGCAAUUUCCAGGACGUUAUAUUCCAUGUUUCGCAAAUAAAUUCAAUAAGGACGGAAUAUGUUACGACGAUCUAUACGACUUUUAACCGUGAAAAGUAGCGUUAAUGCCUUCAGUAUACCUGUAUUACCAUAUAUGGCACUGAUCAUAUCCGGAUUAUGAGCGACUUUCAGACAACUCUGCGAAUUGAAUUAACAGAAGAAACCAUGAAGAGAUCCCGGAUCUUGCUUCGUACCGUUACCAUAUGAUCAUCGACCCUGCAUGGCUGCCGGUCUCGAAUUACCACAAUAAAAGGAAACCGUUUCCCUUGUUCUCAGAUUAUUAGGCCCACAAGUAUAACGUGCAAGAGCUGAUGGUCUGCCGUCGGAAAACGGAAAGGGAUUAAUCACUAUUCAUUCACAACGAGAGUCAUUACUCAUAUAAGUUUCGCUAUGCAUAUCUGAAAUCAGGAUCGUUAUUCAUAAAACUGUAGAAGUGUCAAUAAUUAUAGGUACCAAUACGGAAAGAGGGUCACUUUACGUCAGGGGCAUCGAUCCAUUUUUCAGAUGGGGGGGGGGCAAAAUCAUGAAUCAACGUUCCAAAGGCGCUCGAUAGUACAUAACAC